AUGUCCAACUCGACCUCGAACCACUUCACCUGCCCAUCAGGUGGCACCUGGUACGUGUGCCCAGAGGCGCCGUACUUCGUGGGCUGCUGCUCCUCAGACCCCUGCACAAACGUCGACGCAAACAGCACCGCGCCAUGCCAGGACGUCUAUCCCGCCUCCUUCGACCCCUCAAUCUACAACGACAUCCUAUCCAACUCGUGCAUCGACCCCGCGAACUCGAAGUGGUAUACCUGCGCCUUCACGGACCCGCCCUUCAUCGGCUGCUGCUCGAAGAACAACCGUUGUCCCUCGAACGAGGUCGCUUGUUCAGACGAUGAUGUACUUGCCGCUGCGUGGAACUCGUCCCGCCCCAGUCAAUUCACUCUGUUCCUGGAUGCGGGCACAGACGAUGACGAUGAUGGGGAUAGUGGUGAAAGGGGUGGGGGUGGGUUAUCCGACGGCGUGCUCGCGGGAAUCGUGGUUGGGGCCGUUGCGGCGCUGGUGAUUGCCGGAGCGCUCGUUUGGCUAUUCAUGCGGAGAAGGAACAAGAAGGCUGCUGCGAUGAGUGGGCACGGGCACACGCCGUCUGUUGUUGAGGGCGAGCAUCAGAGGAUGUAUCCGGGCGAGUAUGGAUAUCAGCAUUCAUCCCCGGCGUCGCCGUACCAUGACUCGCGAUUCUCUAGCCCCGACGGCACGCAAGUUGGGGCAGGAAAUAACCCGAAAUACAUGUCAACUUCCUCAGCAGGUUUCAGCCUGCCCUCGUUCUCUCCCGGAAUACCGUCGGAAAGCGGACGGCCGAUUCAUGAAAUGCACUCGAUUUCUGGGAGCGAGGAUAUGCCGCAGCAGAAGUGGGCGCCGGGCCAGAACUACGGGCUCGGUAUGCAUGGAGCACAAGAGCCUGAGCCGAUACAGGAGUUGGACGGCAAUAUGGCGGAGGUGCAUGAGCUGGAAGGAGGAAAUCGGCCGUUGUAA